GUAUUUUCCCUACUUCCGGUGUGUUUCAUUAGUUUCUGUCCCCCGAAAAUGGCGAACGUUGCUGCUGUCGCUGCUGCCGCCGCCGCCGCUGCCGCUGCUGCUGCUGCGGCGGCGGGUCGAGACCCAGCCGUCGACCGUUCAUUGAGGUCGGUGUUCGUGGGCAACAUUCCUUACGAAGCCACAGAGGAACAGUUAAAAGACAUCUUCUCUGAAGUGGGACUUGUGGUUAGCUUCAGGUUAGUGUACGACAGGGAGACGGGAAAACCCAAGGGUUAUGGCUUCUGCGAAUACCAAGACCAGGAGACUGCGCUUAGCGCCAUGCGGAACCUCAACGGCAGAGAGUUCAGUGGUCGGGCCCUUCGUGUUGACAAUGCAGCCAGUGAGAAAAACAAGGAAGAGCUGAAAAGUUUAGGAACUGGAGCGCCCAUUAUUGAGUCACCCUAUGGGGACGCCGUGUCCUCAGAGGAGGCUCCGGAGUCCAUCAGUCGAGCUGUGGCCAGUCUACCACCAGAACAGAUGUUUGAACUCAUGAAACAGAUGAAGCUGUGCGUCCAGAACAGUCCCCAGGAGGCCAGGAACAUGCUUCUCCAGAACCCUCAGCUGGCCUACGCUCUCCUGCAGGCCCAGGUCGUCAUGCGCAUUGUCGAUCCUGAAAUCGCCUUGAAAAUGCUUCACCGCCAGACCGCGGUCCAGUCGCUGGUUCCCAGCGGUCAAGGAGGGGCAGCAGCGCCUGUCAAUCCAGCGCCAGCACAGGCCAACACUCAGCAGCAGCAGCAGCCUGUGGCUGGAAUGCACGUCAACGGAGCACCUCCCAUGAUGCAGCCUCCCAACAUGGGUGUAGUCCCUGGAGCCAUGCCUGGACCUGGACAAGCACCGGCCCCGGGACUGGUUGGCCCUCCAGGAAACCUUCAGCAUUCUCCCACAGGAGCGUCUGCACAAGCUGCUAUGGAGCGGCCGCAAGGAGGAGGCGGCAUCCCCCCCAGAGGUCUCCUGGGCGACGGCCCCAAUGAUCCCAGAGGGGGCAGCCUGCUGACCGUCACAGGAGAGACCAUUGAGCCCAAUCGAGGAUACAUGGGAGCACCUCCUCCCCACGCUGCGGCGCCCGGGCACAUGGCCCCAAUGGGAGCCGGUCCACCACCGGAUAUGAGAGGGCCUCCAAUGGACAUGAGAGGCCCGCCUAUGGGUGAACCCCGUAACAUGAUGGGUGACCCAAGAGGGCCUCCUAUGAUGGAGCAGCGGGGACCUCCGAUGGAAAACAGAGGUCGCGACCCCAGAGCGAUGGACACGCGCGGCCCUGUGGCGGCCCAGAGGGUUCCCAUGACACCAGGAAUGCCAGGCCCCAUUCCCCACAACAUGGGUCCCAGCGUGCCACUUCCUCAGAGACUGGGUCCUGGCCUUCCUGGAGUCCCUCCAUCAGGAGCAGGUGGUUUCAGCCCCGGCCAGAACCAAGUUUCCACACAGGACCAAGAAAAGGCGGCGCUGAUCAUGCAGGUGCUGCAGCUGACCCCGGAACAGAUCGCCAUGUUGCCCCCCGAGCAGAGGCAGAGCAUCCUCAUCCUCAAAGAGCAGAUUCAGAAAACCGCAGGAGGUGCACCUUGAUUGUCUGACAGUGCCAAGGUCAGGUGGGCUAAUGUUUCUUCAAUCCCCAUUGUUAUUUUAUUAUUAUUUCAUCCUGUUCUAAAUCCAUUAAAACAUUUUUUUUUUUUUUAAGAUUCUAUGUUUUUUGGUCAUCUCCAUACUCACUGCAUUUUUUAUUCUGUAACCGUUUAGAAAAGGUUUUAUAAUUUUUAUACCAAAUAAAAUAUUGCGGGAAUUGCUUCGAAUCAAGAAUUGAUUCUGAAUGAAAUUGUGAGACGCCCAAAGAUUCCCACCUCUAGCGACUGUAGUCUGACUUAAUUAUCACAAACACUUAACAACCAGACUUGUGGCCAUCAAUCCAGCCAUCGGCAUCCAAGGAUUUUCCUGAAAUAUGUACUUGCCAUUACAGAAUGUCUUUCAAUGCCCAUCACAAAUCACUUGAUUUUUGGUCCAGCAGCUGACAGGCAACUAGCAGCUAACUACCUCCAUACAGAGUGAGGAGCCGCUUCAUUAACAAUUGUUAAGUCAGUCAAAACAUUAGCAAAAAUUAAGGCCUUGAAUGGCAAUAAAAAGUGUAAAAAGCGAUGUCCAGAGGCAUUAAAAAUGAGAUACAGCUGAUGAAAUACAAUUUAUUGGAUAAACAUUUAAUUAUUGUUAUGAGAAGCACAGUGUGAAAACUGGCGCUGCACAAAGUCAGAACAUACUAGGUCCAGUCAAUGUGCUCAUGCUGAGACAUCAAUCAGAACAUGCUAGGUCCAGUCAAUGUGCUCAUGCUGUGACAUCAAUCAGAACAUACUUGGUCCAGUCAAUGUGCUCAUGCUGUGACAUCAAUCAGAACAUGCUAGGUCCAGUCAAUGUGUUCAUGCUGUGAACAAGGCGACAUAAGGAAUGCAUGUUGAGAAAAUGGGAAAUGCACAUUUCAGUAAAAGUGUCUGAUUGAGGCACUUUCCUAAACUUGCCCAAAGCCUGUCAACAGGAAAGCUGAGAGGCGUGUGCAAAAAGACAAGCUGGCCUUUAAAGGCUGACAGCACUUAGCAUGACCAACAAUGCAACUGGCAGCUGCUGCUACCAAAAAUGUGACAAAAGACAUUAAGACCAAACAGUCCCUUUCUACUUGACUAUAGAGUAAGAGUAAACUUGAACAUUGUCACACUUCCAACAUCAAACUAUGUGCAGUGGCAGAUGGGCAUGAACUCACUUUGAAGUUGCAUUAGAUGUGCUGUUAAACCUGUAAAAUCAUUAAAUGUGCUGUUAAACCUGUAAAAUCAUUAAAUGUGCUGUUAAACCUGUAAAAUCCUCACCUCCAUCACGGCAAAUAAUAGCCAAAGGAUCCAAAUAGUGUGUAGAUGGUAGUUUUUCUGUUCUAUUGACUCCAACAAUUGUAUGUGAUAUAAGAGUAUAUGUAAGUAGUUAAAACAUUGUGUGGACAUUUCAAUAGCGUUCAUCGUAUCGGUAUUUGACUAGAAUCAGCAGUUUUAAACCCUGAUCGGAACAAUCCUAAUACAACUCUUUUCUUGUAAUAUUAUCAAAUUAUCCACAUUACAUUACAAUUCUCACAAUGUAUAACUUCCCUUUUAGAUAAUGACACCUUUUCCCAGUGUAUUGAUAUUUUUGAAAGAUCCUGCCUUGACUGCUGUGCUCGUGUUCGUACGCUUUCUACUUUCUCUUUCUUCUUUCUUACAGUCUGCCCUCUGCCGGAAGAUCUCAUUAGUUUGGAUGAUUGCAUAGAUUUUUGCUGUUUUUGGUGCAUUCACCCACCUUAUGUUUCAUCUUUUCUUUCAGCCCACAUGUGAAAUCCACCAUGAAUAGGAUUUCAUCAAUAAAAGCCAACAAAACAAUCCUAAAACAUGGGCCUUUUUUGAAACCUAUUUAUUUAGAAGGAGUUUAAAGAUGGAAUCGUUUCAAACUGUCAGUGGAUCAUUUAGCACAUGUGCCACUUGACUUUGUUCUUCCUGCUUCUCUUCCUUCUUCCUUCUGGUAAUCACUCUUGAUAAAGCAGAGGCACAGCAGAGCAAUAAAUCUUUGAUUCUUUCACACACAAACCCAUUUCCAAGUCAGGGAUUAGCAGUUGCUGCUCGUAACAGUAUUUUUGUACAGUAAAAGUGCUGAUGUUUAUUUACAUUGUUGACUUUAAAGUUGGAACAAUGGAAAAUGAUGUAUAUUAACAAAUGUAACACAAAAUAAACAAAGAGAGUCAAUGGAAGAAGUUCAAAGCAGAGACUAAAACCAAUCCAAUGCAGGUCAUGAUAUGCUAAACCUCAAGUAUAUUCAAGAAGAAGCAGCCUGGAUCUCAGCUUUGUGUUGUUGUAGUUUGUCCUUUUUUUAAUGUCAUUUUUAGGCCGAUUAAAAAAAACUAAACUUGUGGACCAUACACACCGGCCCCCCUGGGUGGGACAGGACAAGUCCUAGAAGGAAGAGCAACACACCCUGCGUUGUUGUUGUUGUUAAAGGUUUGUGUGUAUUUGGGAAGACACACACUUCUAGGACUAAUCCGGUCCGACCCGGAUGUUGGUUGGCGUGCAAUGCUGUCAUCAUCUGCUGCUCCUCGUAAUUAGCGUUGAGCAACAUUCCACCAACAGGUCUUGCAUAAGGACCUUGUUGUUUAGAAGUUCUCUUUGUUGAAGUAGAACUUGGUCUUGCGGGGAUCCAUGUCAGAGUAUUUGAUGCAUUUCUUCACCAAAACUUUAGCCAGAGCGACGGGGCCGCACAAGAAGGUUCCCACCACAGCCCUGGUGAGCAGGAGAGAAAGCAACAUUUUCUCUCUUUCUUUGCUAGUUGCGAGGAAAUAAAUGAAUCUUACGAGGGGUUCUCUUUGCGGACUUCUUCAAACUCCUUGUCCCAGUUGGGUCUUCCGUAAUGAGUUUUCUGUUUGAGGCCGGUCACCACGUCGGUCUCCUUGUCAAAGUGCACCAUGGCAUGAUUGGCCUUUUGGGAAGAGGACACCUCAUGAAGACACACGACCGUAAUAACACCUUUACACACACACAGUGUACGUACAUGGCUUUGAUCCCAGCCGGUUAGAAAGAGCUUGUAGGUCAGGAAAUCCCCGAUGCCCCUCUCCUCCAUCUCCCUCUCCAGCACCUGCAGGAGGUCGGCGAACCACUCGAAGGCAUGAGUUUCG